CAGAGCUCAAGUCUCACACCUUCUAUACAGAGAGCCGGAGAAGUGGCUUUGCUGUCACCGCCGCCUCCUCGUCCUUCCUCCUCUCCCCGCUACCAUUUUACUCGCAUUGCUUCGUGGCGGUCGCCUCCGUUGGCUGUUUUCCAAUCCAGCUUCCCUUCCAAGUUCCAAAGUGCCAAGCACCAGUGCACCACUAGCCCUCCACCCACUAGCGCAGCCUUUGUCAGGAUGGCUAGCCCGCAGUGCUGCGCGAACCCGCCGACGCCCAACCACGACGUCGGGGAGGGCAAGGUCGUCGAAAGCUUCGGCGGGCUCAGGUCGUACCUCGCCGGCGCCGAAGAGUCCAAGCUCGCCGUUGUCCUUAUCUCCGAUAUCUACGGGUUUGAAGCGCCGAAUCUGAGGAAUAUAGCCGAUAAAGUUGCCUUGUCUGGAUACUUUGUUGUGGUGCCAGAUUUCUUCCAUGGGAAUGCAUACGUACCUGGAGAUGAUGUACACGUGUGGAUAAAAGAGCAUACUACGGACAAAGGAUUUGAAGAGGCAAAACCAGUUAUUGAUGUUCUAAAGGAACAAGGAGUGUCCGUUGUUGGUGCUGCAGGUUAUUGCUGGGGUGCAAAGGUAGUUGCAGAGUUAGCGAAAGCAAAUGAGAUCCAAGCAGCUGUUAUGUUGCACCCCUCUUUUAUUACUGAUGAUGAUAUCAAAGAGGUGAAAUGCCCCAUCGCUAUACUUGGAGCUGAAACUGACGUAACGGCGCCACCAGAACAGGUCAAGCAGUUCGAACAGGUUCUAUCGUCAUCUAGCACAGGGAUUGGUUACUUUGUCAAGAUUUUCCCUGGGGUUUCUCAUGGAUGGACUGUCAGAUACGACAACAAUGACGCGGCAGCUGUGAAGAGCGCUGAGGAAGCCCUGGCGGACAUGACUGAUUGGUUUAACAAAAACCUAAGUGAAACUGAAGUGGCAGCCCUCCUUCCUUAAUAAGGCAUUGCCACUCCUCAGUCUUCACUACUCAUUAUGCAAGCAUCCUGGGUUCAUGGUGUGUUAAUAGCUGUAGGGCCUGCAUCUUUGUCUGGCCCAGAUGUGCUGGUAUUGGUAUCUAUGCGAUUUGUUCGUUUGGGUGCUUGUUUGUGCUGAACACUGAAUUAUUGCACUCGAAUAAAAUUUGGCAUUUGCAGUUAAUUUUGAGAGCUGAA